GAACCGUGCAGUGCUUCAUGCAUUCUCCCGGUGUCACGAGACCUCGUCUCCGGAUUGUGUUGCAUACCGCUUUGUUUGUCCCUGCACCUUGCCGGCUAUAUUCCCCGUUCGAGUAUGCUGCAGUGAUGCUAACCAGGACAGCUGGUCUUCCUCUCUCUAUAUAAUCGUGGGAGAGUCAACUUGUGAAGCGACUCAUCAUCUGGUGCCAAUUGAGAUCUGAUUGCGCUCUCAUCUCUUUUGGUCUGCAUUGCAUCGAUAAGCCGUCGAUUCACGAUAUCGCAACAGCACCUGCCGACGUUGAAGAUGGGCGAUCAAGGUGCUGGUGGGGGAAUCGAGAGCCACAUGCCCACCCAUAGGAGACAGGAUUCCGGCGAGGAGCCGAUACCGGCCGAGCCCGCUCCGGAGACGCGGAAUCCAACCCCCGAGUCGGAUGUUUCAGACAUAGCACCGGCUGCCCAAGAUUUACCCCGUGGUUCACGCGACCUUGGCGCCGGCGGACCUGCACCGGGGGGCACUGCUGCGCCGGGGCUAUCUAGAAAUCCAUCUUCUUGCUCGACGAACUCUAGCACAAAACAGAGCGAUGAAUAUCUCACAGCCCACGCACCACCACCAGACUCCAGACCCUUUUUGGGGUCUCGUCCAGUGAGCAUCGUCGCAGAUCGCCCGCUCGAGCCGCCAGUCACAAAACAAACUCUGAGCGAACUCGACGUCACAAAGAUUGUACAAAAUCCGAAAUUGCGGCAUGAUAUUAACUUUGAUCCCGAGCUCCAUUUCCGACCGAAUUUGGAUGGAGAGAAGGGAAGGAGGAAGCAGGAGAAGGCUAAUCAGUUCUGGUCGACGCUCCUCGAGCAGCUGGUCAUGUUCGUCACGGACCGCGAGCAGUUUCAAGUGAGAUACCCGAACGGGGACUGGUGUCUGCCAUCGCUCUUGCAGGCAGUCCGUGAAAUCGUCGAGACGCUGGUGCCGCAGCGGGAUCGGGAGCUUCUCGAUGAGGGUCUCAACGUUGAACUCUUGAUGCAACAGUUCAACCGCGGCGUUGCCGAUCUCGAGAAACUAGCGUCGUGGCUGGCCGGCGUGCUCAAGCUCCACUGUGCCCCGAUGCGGGAUGAAUGGGUCGACGAGAUGUACCAGGAGCUGAGCAACGGGAACCGCAACAACGACAUGACCGAGCUCGUGAAGGGUAUGCGGAACCUGCUCAGCGUGCUAGAAGCGAUGAAGCUUGAUGUGGCGAACCACCAGAUCCGGUGCCUUCGCCCGGUGCUGAUCGAGGACACGGUGCAUUUUGAACAGCGUUACUUCCUCAAAAGGAUCGAGUCGAGAAAAUCCAGCAUUGCGCCCGCCCGGUUGUGGUACUUGGCGGCUCAGCAGCAUGUUGAGCGAGAAUAUGCGAACUCGCGUAUUCCGUACUUGAACGCCUUCGGCGAGAUGACUGUCUUCUUUGACGCUCUUUCUAGGCUAGUCCUUCCGUCAAGCUCGACCAAGGUCCUGAAAUCGACGUUUUCAUUCGAUGAGGAUCGGCUUCUCAAACUCAGAUCCGACAUGUACGACAGCAUCUGCUUGGAGAUUUGCAUGAGGAGAUACGAGGACCUGGAACGCCUAUCCAGGGUGUCACAAAUGUUCCAGAGGCCGCCGUCAUACGUCAGCGAGGCGCCCUCGGCGAACAAUCGAUCCUCGUGCGAUUUCAACUUCAUGGCCCCGACUACAUCGCGUCCGUCCAGCCUCGCUCUCAGCGACCAUGGCUCCAACUUCUCUUCGCCUCGUACUUCGGGUGUCUUCUUCCCGCAACCGUCGUCAGAUGCCGCAGAGUCCCGCACUAAAGCACGUGACCUCUACAACUCACUCCUUGCCCUUCUUCAUACGGCACCCCAAGCCAACUUCUCCGAAGGCGUUGCAUCCCUUUCUCCGGCAAAGAGGUGGAGGAGUCUGGCGGACGCGAUGGCCCUGCAGAUCUUGCGCUAUGCGAAUGCGCCUCCGUCAUUGCCAGGAUUCGAGAAGCAGCUUGCUGCGCGGCUGAGUGACGUUCACAAUGAGUUGUUCCGUGAGGUGGAACAACAAUUCCACCAGCGGCUGCUGGCGGAGCUCGCGAAACGGGUCAGCGAAUUCAAGAAUCUCUCGGGGCUUCAGCUCUUCUCGAUUGUGACAGGCGGCCGGAUGUACGGCGCCGGUCGGCCAAGCCAGCGUGGUAUCAGCGCUUUUGGAGAUGUCGGUGCGCCGCGCGACCCUCGCGAGGACGCUGGCAUUGAGGAUAUGGCAGUCCGGCUGGCGCAUCUCGGAAUCCUGCAUUGGCGGGUGUGGGCACCAUUGGUGUAUGAGGGCGACGUUGAGGAUGAGCUCAGCUUCUUCCAGGACCAAGGUCUCGGCUGCGCAUGAUGCCCUACAGGCUUCAGCCCACUUACUAUCCUUCUACUACGGCAAAAACUAUUUCGAAGACACCAUUCGACUCUAUUACGAUAUUUAAUCUGGGCCCGACGCCGGAAGCUGGGUUGCCGCAUUUCCUUAGGGCUCUCCCG